GGAUUGAAAUGUUAGUCGCUGUUAAAAAGAUAAAUCUUAGCGUUUAAAUUAAAUACAAUAAACUAUAUAUUCAAAAUAUUAUAAUUUUUAUUCAACUUCUAUAAAUAUAUAAAAUAAAUCUAACUCAUAACAUAUACAAAGAAGACAAAUGUGGAUCAAAUAUUUGCAUUCAAUUAGAAGUAGAAUCUUUAUAGUCUAUAUAUAUAAAGUAUUGUUUGACUCUCUCCUGUGAUGCCACGUCAUCAAUUCGUUGAACAUGAGCUCGCCACGUGUCCUACUUCACCAAUCCGCUGCGUUUCAUUAAGUCUUCUGUACAUGCUUUUCUUUUAUUAUGGGCUGCGUGUUAGAUUCAGUUUCGGUUGGGCUUUAUGUCAUAGGCCUUUAUCAAUUUAUGUGUUUUAAUUAGGGUAAACCCAGUGUCCUUCUUCUCCGCUUCCCAGAAUCCAUAAUCCAUGUCGUGGCAAACGAUUUUUCAUUUCUUUUUUUUUUUUAUCUUUCAUCUUCUUCAUCAGAUUUCAAAACGGUUCCAGUUAUAAUCGAUUCCAGUUACAGAAUGAUCAUCUUAGAACCCUCCAUUAAUCUCACAGGCACGAUCUAUAUUCAAUGCAAUUUUCAUUAUGUGAGGCUGUGGAGGUUCUCCUAUAAAAAGAUAUGAUUUUUUUCUACUUUGAGAAUCAUUCUUCAUUCUUUUAAGCUAACCAGUAAACUAAAUCCGUGAGAUAUGGCUAACGUUUCGGUCUUCCUCUCCGAUUUCCAGACGGGCCGCUCCUCCUCCUCUGUUGAAGUCCGGUUGCUCCGUUUCUGGGAGACCAGGAAUGUCCGCCAUGAUGGAGAGCUUAUGGGAGUGGAUAUGCUCUUACUGGAUUCUCGCAAGCAGCAUCAGGCGACCAUGCUGCCGGUCACCGUGAAUGUACACCGGCUUGCGACCCACAUGCCUCAUCUGAAAGCGGGGGUCAAGUUUACCUUCAAAAAAACUAUGGUCAAGGACAAAAAACAGUCAUCUAACGCUCUCGGCGUUGCCAAUGUCCCAAUCACGGAGGCCAGUAUCCACUGCGGCUAUACUAUUCGAUGACAAUCAAUAAAGUCAAGGACAAAGUUUCAAACAAGUUGAUUUAUAUCUCCCAAGAACGGUCUUCACUCACGACCAGUUGUACGUUGCGUUAUCUCGAGUUACUUCACCGGAUGGGCUUAAGAUAUUGGACGAUACCUCUGAUUCAGACAAUGCGGAUGGAGUAACUAACAUAGUCUACAAGGAGGUCUUCAAGGGCCUUCCACACACAAAGGAAGAGCAUCCGAUGUGUUCUUAAACAGUUAUAGGCUUCGAAGAAGGUAUCUUUCAUCAGUGUUUUAAGUAUAAUAUUUUGAAGGACUCGAUUCUCUCUUCUCUUAUCGUCUUACAUGUUCUACUUUGAUGAAAAUCUUCUUCUUAACGCUUAAGCAUUGUUUAAAUUUAAGGUUUCAUAUAAAGAGUUCGUGAUACUAUGUUUCAAA